AUGGACGCCGACACCCUUGCAAUAUUAUUGCAGCAGCAAAAUAAAAUUUUGGAACUAGCAAAAAAAAUUGACAAUGUUGUUUCAGGGGCCAGCUCUACUACGGAUAACACAGAGUCAUUUAUUGAAUCUUUAGCUAAAAACCUAAUGGAGUUUGUACCAGAUUUGGAUAAUAACGUUACUUUCGAUUCGUGGUUCAGAAGGUAUGAAGAUUUAUUCCUUAUAGAUGGAGAUAAGUUAGACGACGCAGCUAGAGUUCAGUUACUGCUUAGAAAUUUAAUUACUCCGGCUCAUGAGAAAUAUAUAAAUUUUAUUUUACCUAAACAUCCACGAGAAUAUACUUUUAAUCAGACGGUAGCGACUCUAAAGAAGAUUUUUGGACAACGAAUUUUAAUUUUUAAUGCUCGAUAUAAAUGCUUUCAAAUUUCAAAAUCUGAGACAGACGAUUUUCUUACUUAUGCCGGAAUCAUAAAUAAACAAUAUGAAGAUUUUCAAUUAAAUAAAUUAUUUGAAAAUCAGUUUAAAUGCUUAAUGUUUGUUAUUGGGUUAAAAUCGGCGCAGUAUUCCAACAUUACCACUCGACUUCUAUCUAAAAUUGAUAAGGACGAUAAAGAUGAUAUAUCAUUGAAACAGUUAGUAGAUGAAUGUCAUAAAAUAUUAAGUCUAGAAGCAGAUACGGCAUUAGUUGAACAAAAUUCAUCACAAGUCCAUGCUGUUAUUAAUAAAAUCAAAAACUCAAAUCUUGAAGACAAUCCGAAGAAACCGCGCACUCCCUGUUGGCAAUGUGGUGCCUUAAAGAUGGAUACUGUUCUUGUUUUCAAAAAAAGAUUUUCUCAAUCUUCUACAAAUAAUUUCAGAAAUAAGAAUACAUUUCAAACAAAAAGCAUUUUUAUCAAUCAUGUCAGUUCAUCUAGGAAAUUUAUUGAUGUUUACAUUAAUGAUUCUAAAGUUAUACUUCAAUUUGACUCUGCUUCUGAUGUAACUAUUAUUGAUGAUGAAACAUGGAAAAUGAUAGGUAAAUGCAUACAGUUUUGGUAA